GCACUGUUGCUAAGCUUUAGAAGUGUCAGUGAGCCGGAGAGAUCAGAGCAGUGCCGGCCUCCUCCUCUUCUUCUUCAUCAUCAUCAUCCCCGCUCAGUGUUCAGUCUAUGGAGGAGGAGAGGACAGGGAGACACUGAGCCGUACACCGCAUAGUGACCGCAGUCUGUCCGUCCGUCUGUACUGACUGAUCGCCCACAAGAAGAAGAAGAGGGAGCUGCGAUCAUGGCUCAGCCACAGAAGUUCUUUGAAAACCUGUCCGGAGCCGGGAAAGCCAUUGGGGUGCUGACCAGCGGAGGAGAUGCCCAAGGUAUGAAUGCAGCUGUCCGCGCUGUCGUUCGCAUGGGAAUUUAUGUAGAAGCCAAAGUUUACUUUGUCCAUGAGGGUUAUCAGGGUAUGGUGGAUGGUGGAAACAAUAUUAUUGAGGUAUCAUGGGAGAGCGUGUCAAGCAUCUUGCAAGUGGGUGGUACAGUCAUUGGCAGUGCCCGCUGCAAAGCAUUUCGCACCCGUGAAGGGCGCUUGAAGGCUGCUUGCAACCUAGUGAAACGCGGUAUCACAAAUCUCUGUGUUAUUGGAGGAGAUGGUAGCUUAACCGGGGCUAAUCUUUUCCGAGAAGAGUGGAGUGGACUUCUUGAAGAAUUAGUAAAAGAAGGCAAAAUUGAAGCCUCAGCUGCUGAACAAUAUUCCCAUCUGAAUAUUGUGGGAAUGGUGGGCUCCAUCGAUAAUGAUUUCUGUGGAACUGAUAUGACAAUCGGAACUGACUCAGCCCUGCACAGGAUUAUUGAGGUGGUGGAUGCCAUCAUGACCACUGCUCAGAGCCACCAAAGGACCUUUGUUUUGGAAGUCAUGGGGCGACACUGUGGGUACCUGGCCUUGGUCAGUGCCUUGGCUUGUGGAGCUGACUGGGUCUUCCUCCCUGAAAGUCCUCCAGAGGAAGGAUGGGAAGAAUUAAUGUGCGUUAAACUUUCUGAGAACCGAGCAAGAAAGAAAAGACUGAAUAUCAUUAUCGUCUCAGAAGGAGCCAUCGAUUGUCACAACAACUCCAUCACUUCGGAAAAGAUCAAAGAUCUUGUGGUUUCACAGCUUGGGUUUGACACACGAGUGACAAUAUUGGGUCAUGUCCAGAGAGGAGGAACCCCAUCAGCCUUCGACAGAAUAUUGGCCAGUAGGAUGGGAGUGGAAUGUGUCCUGGCCUUACUUGAAGCCACUCCAGAAACCCCUGCCUGUGUGGUAUCUCUAUGCGGAAACCAAGCCGUGCGCCUGCCUCUUAUGGAAUGUGUACAGAUGACCCAAGAAGUGCAGAAGGCGAUGGAUGAAAGGAGGUUUGCAGACGCUGUAACGUUGCGUGGAAGGAGUUUCGAGAACAAUCUAAACACAUACAAGCUCCUUUCCCAUAAGAAGAAUAUAUCUGAACUUCCAAAGAGUAACUUUAAUGUGGCUGUCCUGAACGUGGGGGCUCCGGCCGCAGGAAUGAAUGCUGCUGUGCGCUCUGCGGUAAGAGUGGGCAUUACUGAAGGGCACAAGAUGUUUGCAGUCAGUGACGGCUUUGAAGGAUUUGCCAAGGGUCAAGUAAGAGAGAUUAAAUGGGGAGAUGUUGGUGGCUGGACUGGUCAAGGUGGAUCUCUUUUGGGAACCAAAAGAACUCUUCCUGCUAAAUAUUUUGACCAAAUCGCUGAACAGAUACGUUCUAAUAGCAUAAAUGCGCUGCUUGUCAUUGGAGGGUUUGAGGCCUACCUGGGACUGAUGGAGCUGACUGUUGCCCGAGGGAAAUAUGAUGAGUUCUGUAUUCCUAUGGUUAUGGUGCCCGCCACUGUCUCCAACAAUGUCCCCGGUUCAGAUUUCAGCAUUGGCGCAGAUACUGCUCUGAACACUAUAACGGAUGCUUUUGAAGGUAUGCUGGAGUUAGCAGGGGCGCGAUCCACUUAUGAAGAAUUUUGCAUCCCCAUGUGCAUGGUGCCUGCCACCAUUAGCAACAAUAUCCCUGGCAAUGACUUAAGUCUUGGCGCUGACACUGCUCUCAAUGCCAUUAUGGAGACAUGUGAUCGCAUCAAACAAUCUGCCAGUGGAACAAAGAGGCGAGUCUUCAUCAUUGAAACAAUGGGCGGAUAUUGUGGAUACCUGGCCAACAUGGGUGGCCUUGCCGCGGGUGCUGAUGCUGCUUACAUCUUCGAGGAGCAAUUUGACAUUCGGGAACUCCAGGCAAAUGUAGAGCACUUGACAGAAAAGAUGAAGACAUGCAUCCAACGAGGCCUUGUACUAAGGAAUGAAAACUCUAAUGAGAACUACACCACGGAUUUCAUCUACCAGCUGUACUCGGAGGAGGGAAGGGGCGUCUUUGACUGCAGAAAGAAUGUACUCGGACACAUGCAGCAGGGAGGAGCACCGUCACCGUUCGACAGGAACUUCGGCACAAAAAUCUCAGCCAAAGCCAUUCAGUGGAUUUCACGGAAGCUGAAAGAAUGUUAUAGAAAAGGCAGAGUAUUUGCUAACACGGAGGACAGCGUCUGCCUGCUAGGAAUGCGCAGGCGUGCCCUUGUCUUCCAGCCAGUUAUGCAACUGAGAGAUGAAACUGACUUCAAACACAGAAUUCCGAAAGAGCAGUGGUGGUUGAAGCUGCGACCAUUGAUGAAGAUCCUGGCCAAGUACAAGACCAGCUACGACAUUUCAGACGCUGGACAGCUGGAACACGUCACUGUUAGACGACCACACCAUUCUGACAUGGGGGCCAUCUAACAGCCAUGAGCUCCAAUGGCAUUCCUCUCUUCAUAGCCUACCACCAUCUUCAUUGUGUGCUUUACCGCCAUAGGUUAGAAUGGUUACCACACUUGUCUUCUGUUAUUUAACUUGCCUCGUUCCAGCACUUUAUGUCCACAUAACGAGCUUCACUCCUCAAGUCUUUAAAAGAUGCGUCUAACACCCGUAGUAACCAAUCUGCUUCUCCUUUCAGACAGAUUAAAAAAAAGUUAAAAAAGGAGAAGCUGAUUGACCACUAUGGAAAUAUGGAAAGCUCUUUCAAAUGUUAUCAGUCACAAGGUCCAAUGCCCUUCAGAGGUCUUGACUGAAGCCUAGGAAUGUGUCUUUACAAAACCCAAUAUGGAGGAAGGUGUAUGAGAAUUAUAUCAUCACUGAGCUCACUUUAAAAUUCAUGGUUUUGUUUUUUUAUUUUAGAAAUGUUUGGGCCACUUUGUAAAUGAGUCGCAAUGGUGGAAUUUGUUUCCUGUGUGUUGUGUGUAUUUUUAAGUUAUACAUUUAUUACACUUUGUAUCAGAGAUGUUAUAGAUACACCUUUAUAUAUAUAAAUUAAAUAUAUCUAUAUCUAUAUAUAUAUAUAUAUAUGUGCAACUUCUAUUUUUCCCCCUCAGUGACACGAUAAAUGGUGCGUGGAUGAAAUGGAAUAAUAAAGUACAGAUUACAAACCAAAA